AUUAAUACAUAAAUAAUCGCGUUAUUUAAUGUCAGUUCUGAGACAAACAUGUAAUUGAAUUAUACCGAGUUCAGUUUGAAGAUUACAAGAUGAACACUUUCAAGAUGAGAAGUCCAGAGUCGGAUCGUGGACUGUACUUGUCUACAUCAGUUCUGUAUAUAUAUAGAUUCAUAAGAUUGAUAUUCUAAUGUUACUUAAAUGCAUAAUUCAUUAAUUGAAUGUGUACUAAGUCUAGAUGUAUUUUGCAUUAUAGAGUGGAAUUACUGAAGUACAAAAGGUACUAUUUUUUAAGGGAAAUAACAUUUUCUUUGGAAAUAACAUCAAUACUUAAAAUAGCAUUACUUGGAGAACGGUUUAAAUAAAGAACUUAGAAUUGUUCAUAUUGUCAAGGACCGUUAUAUAAGAAAUAGAAUGAGAUGAUGUUAUUUUGUGUUUAUUAUGAUUUAUUAUGUCACUAAAGUAUAGGUAUAUAUAGUUUGUUUUACAAAAGAAAAAUAAGCUUUAUAUGUAUUAUGAUAGUGUGGGUUCAAUAUAUUUGAUAUGUAUGUUGACAUAUUUUGACUAAUGAAUCAGUCUAUAGUGCUAUUGUUGCUUAUAUACACCAAUGGGGCAACAUACUGUCUCGUUAAAUUAAUCUAUGACUUUAAAUAGCAUGUUGUCAGUACAUGUACAGUACACUCCACGCGGAACUACCACUUUCCUCGGUGACUCGGAGGCGUUUUUAAUUUAUCGCGGAUUUCCGCCGAGUACGCAACCUUUUUCCUCGCUAAAUUUCGCCGAGUUGCACCGAGUUAAUCGUUUUCUAUGGAGGGUUUUAUUGCCGGUAGCGCCGGUGAUCGUAUCGAUUUAUUGACCUAAUCGCGGAACUCGGCGUUUUGUGCAUAGCUACUACAGUACAUUGCUCUGUUAAAACAGUAUUAAAUAAUUAUUUUUUUUCAAAGUACAGUCAGUUUCUUUUUAAAAACAAUUAUUAUAAAUUUCCAUAUCAAUUUUCAUCAGCAUCGUCAAACAAAUGUUGUUUUUCACAUUAUGUAAUUAAAAGAUAUACCAUAGCGUGUAUUUGUGUUUGUUAUUGUUAUCUUUCUCUUACUAUAUUAAGGUGUUGAGAACUUAAUUAGAUUGGAGUAAUGAAGGUGUUGAGAACUUUGUGUGAAUAUUUUUCGGUCAUUAUUUCUUAAUUUGCAUUUUACCACUUAUUAAUUUAUCCGUAGUUAUCAAUGGUUCUAAACUUAUUCAUUACGCAUAUAAGUGUAAAUCCUUCAUCAAGUUAAUUAAAAUCCCAUUAAACACCAUUGUAUACAUGUACAUGCAUUGAAAUGAAUAACACAUUCUAUCGGCUUCAGAUCAAACAGUCUCACUGUGUGACGUCACAUAACUCACAGUUUUACCCACGAGGAUCUCAUGGAGAGCAUGUAUAUUGUUAUGCAGGAUUAAUGUGUCUGAGUGUUUUUUUCGAAUGUAACUUAAGUAUUGCAUUUCCAACUUUAUUUCAUCACAUUAAUUAGUUACCUAUAAAUCAUUGAAUGUGUUGACUUUUAUUGAUGAUUCAAUAAGUAUAACUGUACAUAAUUGCUUCUUACAGUCUACAAGUGUGGUACACGUUUUAAAGUUUAUUGGCAGAUCGUUUUACAAAAAUGUCAUGUCUUUGUUUUCUUAAUCCCAUGAUUGCCCUUGCUGUUUAUUUAAUCCUCCAAUAAAUAUUUCACACUUCCUCUUUCUACACGCAUCGUUUAGGAUGGUUAUUUACUAAUUAACUUGUAAACAGUUGUGUAUACGGUUAGGUAGAUAAUCUUCGUCUGUGAAACUUGAUGGUUAUCAUGAUGGAGUUAAGAAUCAGAGAGAUACUAUGCUACAUGCUGUGCUGUUUUUGUGUCAACAUGGUUUCAGGGGUUGUGAACCUGACAGCAUCUGGCUACUUUACGGACAGUACAUAUGUGGUACAGAAAGGAAGCUCGUUGACAUUGACCUGUAGUAACGAUAAUAAAGCUACCUCUGUUACCAUAUCAGAUAAGGAUGGAGCUGCACUUGGUACAUGCACUGUUUUUUUGGGAGCUUUCACAUGUUCCCCAAGUUCAUCAUACACUGUAGAUGCCACUGAUGCAUCUGUCAAUUACUUUAAUUUUGUCCUCAGUAACUUCCAGACAAGUAAUUGUGGAACAUACAAGUGUGAAAUGGCAACAGAUCCAACAGUGUUUUCUUCAAUAAAUGUUGAGCAAGAAGUUUACUACGAUGAUCCAUGUGGAACUACGUGUGGAACGUGUGAAGUCAACACCUUUGAUUGCCAGGCAACAACCAACAAAUGUGUAUGUAAAGGGAAUACAAAUCCAGAUCCAGACGACAAAACAAAAUGCUGUCAACCUACCACCACAACCACCACCUCAAGCACAACAACCACCACCACAACAACAACUACUACACCUUCUACCACCACGACUUCUACUACAACUACUUCACCUUCUACUACAACUACUUCGCCUUCUACUACAACGACUACAUCUUCUACCACCAUGUCUUCUACUACAACUACUUCGCCUUCCACUACAACUACUUCGCCUUCCACUACAGCUACUGCACCUUCCGCUACAUCUACUGAUGCCAUUACCACUACCUUAAUAGCUGAAACAACUGAAAGUGACACUAAUACCGCUGCUGUUUCAAAUGAAAGGACAGUCAUUAUUGUAGUGGCCUCAACAGUUGGUGGGGUGGUGUUGGUAGGUCUGGUGGUCUUCUUACUAGGUCUGUUUCUGUACAGAGCUAGGAGACAUGGACAUGGAAAACACAAGCAUAAUCACAAGAGAAACACCAGACGACAACAAUCUGGUGGUGAAUAUAUCUAUAGUGGCCAAAACAAUGGUCAUAGUAUGGCAAUGCACCCCAGUAUGGCCUCCUACAUUGAUACCAGGCAUGGUUAUCCUCACUCUAUAAAGGAUAACCCGGAUAGGCACAUUCGGGUAGACCAUCACAAACAAGCCAAUGGAAAACAUGAAGGAAGUCAGAUGAGGAACACAAACAAUGUUAAAUCAAGAUACAGUGUCUAUCCUGGGAAUAUGGUUCCUUCUCGAAGCACACAGAACUUCUUCCCCGAUCAUUUCCCCAGACAGGACGAAUGGCAAAGGCCUGCAACAACGGGCAACAUACACCCAGGCCAUGUUAACCUUGCCCUUCAAUCUGGUUACACUUAUUAUCAGCCUCGAGAUUAUUCAGAUAACUGGAAUAUGUACUGAUGUCAAUGGAUCAAAAGGCAGAGUUUGAGUUGACAUUGACAAAGUAUAGCUUUUAAUAGAUUUAGACGUGAGCCAUGAUGCAACAAAUUUUAAAAUUUUCUUGAAGCGAUAUUAUGUACUUUUACUUAUAAAGUUAAAAAUAAUGUACAUAUUUUCUGCAUAUCCUAUUUUGAUGAUUUAAGAGUUGUGUCACUUUUCUAAACUUGCUGUGAACCAUAUCUUGUGUCCCUUGGAUUUUUUUAUGAAUAUUUACAGGAGCAAAAUUUUAAAAUUUUAAUGCAACCUCACUGUAGGCUCAUAAUCAUAAUGAUUUUAUAACAGGAAACUUGUGUGUACAAUAAUUAUAAAUAUCAUGUAAUUGGCAAUAAUUUACGCUUCGGCCACAUCAAACUUAAACGGGUUUUUUGAUAGAUUAAUACCCCACCUAUAUUUCCAUGAUUUCAUUUUCUUUAAGUGACCACUCCUGUUUUCACCCAUAAAAUCAACAAAUGACAAAACAGACCUUCAUGCAAGCUAUAACAGACAGACAUGUUAUUAUAUGUCUUACGACUCCCGAAAGCCUAAAACAGUUAUAUGUGAAAUGUCAGUGCUCUGUUGGGUAUUCUUAAAUUUCCACUUAAAAGAAAUAAUAAAGUUAUGAGUAUUCAUGACUAUCUUCUAAAUGAUGAUUAAUUUAGGAAAGAAAAAAUGUUUUGCCUCUACCCACUCCUGUUUUUAAAGGAAAUGGAAAUAUUGUAUGUUUAGUUUUAUUUCUCAAGCUAGCAUCAAUUUUUAUACCCCCCAAAACAAAGUUUGGGGGGGGUAUACUGGAAUCGGGUUGUCCGUCUGUCCGUCUGUCCGUCUGUCCGUCCGUUUUUUUUUUUGUCCGGGAUUCAUCUUUGUCGUUAUUGAACAAAUCUUUUUCAAACUUUCAGAUAUUAAUGGCCAUGAUGUAAACUUGCGCCUCUGUGAAAUUGGUACGGGUCACAUGACCCUGACCAGAGUUAUCUCCCCUUGAUGUGUUAAAGUAGGCAAAAUAAGCCCUGUCCGGGAUUCAUCUUUGUUAUUAUUUAACAAAUCUUUAUCAAACUUUCAGAAAUUAAUGGCCAUGUUGUAAACUUUCGCCUCUGUGAAUUUGGUACAGGUCACAUGACCCUGACUGGAGUUAUCUCCCCUUGAUGUGUUAAAGUAGGCAAAAUAAGCCCUGUCCGGGAUUCAUCUUUGUUAUUAUUCAACAAAUCUUUAUCAAACUUUCAGAAAUUAAUGGCCAUGUUGUAAACUUUCGCCUCUGUGAAUUUGGUACAGGUCACAUGACCCUGACUGGAGUUAUCUCCCCUUGUAGGCAAAAUUAGCUUUGUCCGGCCUAACUCCAGGGCAAACAACCUAGACAUGGAGGGGUGGGGGGUAUUCGUUAGCCUAUGGCUUACAGUUCUAGUUUAGGGUGAAAUCCAUAGAAUAAAUAUUUGAAUUGCUUCAGCCUUAUUCUUGUGAGGUUUUAAAUAUUUGGCUGUCUUUUUAACUUAAAAAAAAUUGCCUGUGCCCUAUAGUAAUCAUCCUGUGUGUCCAUUGGGGGGAUUUUAUACAUUUGUUUACAGAAGCUUUACACUCUUUUAUAACAUAAAUUUAUACAUAAGUAUUGUCAGAUUUAUGGCCCAUAGAAAUUUGAAACAUAUCCAAAUUCAGCAAAUUAGUUUACUGUUCAUCAGAACAAGAAAUUGAAUGAAACUUUAAAGCGACAGUCCGCAAAUCGGGCAAAUUAGCCAUGAAAAAAAAAUAAAAUUCAUCUAUGUGUUGAUAAGCAUUCCUGACUGACGAAUCCAAAAAAAAUUUGGUUCAAAUCGACCUAGAAAUGAGUUUUUCGUGUCAUUUUCAAUAUCUCUAAUCUUAACUAUCGGCCCCCGAGAGUUAACGGUUAUAUAAAUAGAAAAAACAGUGGGAUUCCAAAGUUCUUGCGCAUGCGCAGGGCGAUACUAUUUCCCGGUCUCUCCUCGUAAAAUCCGGUCUCAUCCGGUCUCAUAAUUCCCGGUUCAUAACUUAUGGCCCCAGGCAACGGAUUGUGUUGCUGAUGUUUAUAACACGAUUUUGACAAUCUUAUUUGUUUUUAUAUGUAACAAAAUGGUAUAAAAUAUAUAAACAUUAUGUCUUAAUUUAUGCAAUUUGUUAUAGGUAUACACUAUUUAUGCAAUUCGUGUUAAAGGUGUAGAGAAAGAUGCGAUGCAGUACAAAUGCUCAUGUUUUUUGCAUAAAAGAUUGAGGACGGCUAGAGUAUGAAGUAACUUAGAAUUGCACCUUUUAAAUUAUGUUAUGUUAUGUUAUUGUUCUUCCUUUUAUGUUUACCCCCCGACAUAAAAUUUUUUAAGCAUAAAUGAUUACAAUUGAAAAAUUCCAUGUUUGCAUAUCCGACUCAUAUCGAUACGAUACGAAAUGUUUAUUGCGUAGAACAUUAUACAAUGUUCAUCGCAUGUAAACAAGUAAAUCAAUGAAUGGAGAAAAAGUACAUAAACACAUUUUCUGGAGCUAAAAGUUGCAAUGUUAUAACAUCCUAUUAUAGUAAUUAUGCGUGUGCUUAGACAUUAAAGCUACUAGAUGAAGAGUGUUUCUUUGAAGUUGCGCCAUUCUGAAGUAAUCAACACAUUAUGUCUCCAUUUUUCGUUUAUAAUUUUGUGCUAUUCGCUAAUGCUAGGUUUAUAUUAGGCCACGAUUACCACGAUGUCCCCGAUUCCAGAGCAUCGUGGCGAACGUAACAGAGCGUGGAGUCGAAUCGGGGUGAUCGUGGGGGAGCGUAACGGAACGUGGUUGAAUCGGGGACAUCUUGGGCAACAUACUUACAACAUACAAGAAUCUUUAUUUAAAGUCGUCAUGAUCGGUGGAACUACGAUGCUCCUAAUUUAUAAAAAGUAACAAAUCUCAGCUUAUAAAAGUUCCACGACUUCUAUAACAACCAAAUGUACAUGCCUGUGGUGUCUUUGCAACUGCUAAUGCUGUGGAUUUUUGUUUUAAGAAUGGCUAUGUAAAUACAAACGUCAAUUUCGUUGUAUGUGAAAUGAGGGAACAUCUAGUCAGCUGUCUAGAAAAUAAAAAAAAAAUCCGUUUUAUAGAGAAAAUGAAAAGUCGCGAUCCCUAUAAAUUUCAAAUUAAAAACAUUCUGUUCAUGUGAAAUGCCAGAAUUCGUCGAUAAUUUAGUUAUUUGCGAAAAUAGAACAUGCAGGAAAAGAUUCCACAUGAAAUGCGUCGGCAUAAAAAUUAAAAUUAGACGAUCAGUUGGCAGAAAUACAUAAGGCAACUGGUCGUGGAAGUGCAUCUGCUGCAACAAAAUCAAUAGUUAAACAAAAGAAGGAUAAUAGAAUUCCUGAAGUACUGAGAUAACUUACAAAUUUGAUUUACAUGUAGUCAAGCAUUGUUAUUUUUUGUAUUACUAUUAUCAAUAGUAUACUUAUAACUGAAUUUAAUAUGAAAAAAACACACACUCAAUGUGUUUGUUAUUCAUGACAUUAAUUUUAGUACAUGUGCAUAUUUCGUGUUUAUAUCUUUGUCUUAAUUUAUUAUAUGUUUUAUUGAUAUAAAAUUUGAAAUAAAUAGUGACAUAAUUAUCAUCAAAUAUCUAAUGUUUUAAUCAACUGUAAUCUUUUGUAAUCCUAUUACCCCCCGCGGUAAUUAACACCUUUUUGAUCACGCCCGAUAGCUACUAUAAAACAGAGACCGGAGGAGACCGGGACCGGAUGAGACCGGGACCGGGAAAUAGUAUCGCCCCCAAGAGUAGUCGGAAAAACCGUAGACCUACUUUCUCUUUUGCCGUCUAAAAAUAGCAACUUUCGGCAAUUUUCAAUUUGUUAAAUCUAAGUUAUUAAAGCGAUUUUUUUAAAAAUAAUUGCGGUUCAGUCGGUCUGAAACAAUGUGGAACUUAUUAAAAACUUUUGAAAUACGGUUACUUUUGCGGACUGUCGCUUUAAGCACCAAUAUAUGAUUAUGGCAAUUUUAACUUCAUUUCCAAAUUGCAUCCCUUGAUUAGAAAAAAACUAUAUGCUAAAGAACCAUAUAUUGAAAAAAGUUGAUGUAAAUUGAAUUAUCUUUAUAUAUUUUUGACCUAAUUACAUUUCAAGAUGCCUAGCUCUGUGGCCCAAUUUUCUCCCUUGACAUUUUUUUUUCUCCCUUGACAUUUUUUAUGGAAGAAUUGAAUGUAAUUCUAACUUUUAACAUGCCUUGAAAAUGAUCCCCCUGUCCACAAUGUUAUAUAAGGUUGUUAUUUUGAUCAUGAUUGUUUUAGAUCCAUGUGCCAUAUUAUUGUUAUAUUAUAUACAGUAUUAUAUGAACAUUUUUAAAACCAUAAUUGAAUAUGCAAAUACAUGUAGUAAGUCUAGCCCUAUAUUCACCUUGAUUGGUAUUGGACAUAAUUAUGUAAUGAAAGUGUAUAAUUAUAAUAUAAAGUAUUGUAAUAUUAUUUAAGAAAUAUAACACACCACUGAGGGUCAUAUGACAUUAUAAGGAUCGGCCAGUCAGCCACCGAAAGUGUAUAUGGACCGAGGCGUAAGCCGAGGUCCAUUCACCUUCGGGGGGCUGACUGACCGGUCCUUAUAAUACCAUAUGGCCCGAAGUGGUGUGUUAUAUUUCUUAUAUUAUACCGAACAUUUUCAUUACAAUUCAAUAUUUUUAAAGCGAUUUAUAUGUGUUUUAUUGAACAAAGCUUAUAAUGUUUACUUGCGACAAUUUCUUGCUGUUUUGAAAAUAGCAAGCCCUACUUACCAAUUGUAUGACGUCAGCGGUCCAUAUUACAUUUUUGGCGAGGUCCGGACCGGCCAAAAAUAUAAAAUGGACCUCUGAGGUCAUUAAACUGGAUUUUCAUCAAAACACGGUGAUAUACGGACCAAUCGAGUUUAUAUAUAAAAAGAAGGGACAAAUUUAUGUGAGGUAUAAUAUUUGUGUAUAUUUAGCAUGUCUGUCAGUGAUAAGAUUUUUGUUUAGGUUACUAACUUACCAAACAUUUGUGUAAGACAGCUGUCCUCCUUAUGUUGUGGUAAAUUUAUAAUUUAGCCAUUUAAAGAGAUUACAAGAAAGACCAAUUUUCUCCCUUGACAUUUUUUAUGGAAGAAUUGAAUGUAAUUCUAACUUUUAACAUGCCUUGAAAAUGAUCCCCCUGUCCACAAUGUUAUAUAAGGUUGUUAUUUUGAUCAUAAUAAUUUUAGAUACAUUUUUACAACUAUAAUACUGUAUAUAAUAUAACAAUAAUAUUAUAUACAGUAUUAUAGUUGUAAAAAUCUAAAUUCAAUGUAGUGCUUUUAAACAAAUAUUUAAUAUACAUAAAUGUUCAUAUUUAAAACCAUAAUUGAACAUGCAAAUGGUCCUAUAUUCACCUUAAUUGGUAUUGGACAUAAUUAUGUAGUAAAAGUGUAUAAUUAUAAUAUAAAAUAUUGUAAGUGUUAUGUAUUAUUUGUGUAUAUUUAGCAUGUCUGUCAGUGAUAAGAUUUUUGUUGAGGUUACUAACUUACCAAACAUUUGUGUAAGACUAUCCUCCUUAUGUUCGUUGUGGCAGAGAUUUAAAGAGAUUAUUGUAAUUUGUCAGAUUCUUGGACUUGAACAUAAUGCUUUACUAAGGCCAGAAAAGAAUAGAUUUAUUUUUCAAAUGCAAGUGUUUGAAAUUUUGUUUUGGAGGGUAGUGAUAGAAAUGUAUGUUGAAAACAAUAAUUGCUGUAGUAUUUGAAUAUCUUACUGUGAAUGAAUGCCUUAGACCUGCUGUCCACUAUGCCCCCCAAACUUUUUUAGAAAGCAGAAUUUGCAAAAUCAGGAUGUUUCACCAUGUCUUUGCAAUGUUCUUAAGCCUUACCUUGUCAUUCCCUUACACUUCUGGAAACUUGGCACUUCUGGCCAUAUCAUGAUUGAAAAUACUGUUUUAUUUUGGACGGCUUCGGGAUCUUCAACACACGUUGCAUGACUUGUAACUCGGCAUCUUAGGAAAGCCUUAAUUAUUUGAGGCUUCUUUAUCUUUUCACAUGUUAUUCUAACUUAGUUUUCAUUGAAGUCAAAGAAAUGUUGAGGGUAAACUCGUCAUUAUGCAUAUGAAAUAAGAAAUUCUACCGCUUUUGAACCCGAUCUACCACUUUUAGACCUAAAUCUACCUCUCUGUCAUUGCCAAAGGUUCCCAUGUCUGCUUAAUCACCACGUGUUUGCCGGCGAGGUUGUAUUUUGCAGUUACUUCUUACCUGAGGCACCUGGAGUAUGGGAAUAGCCAGAACCUCAUCCUUACACUCCUGAAGCAGAGCACUACACACUUCUGGGACCACAUGGCAUACACUUUCGGCAGCAACACAAAAGUCAUACACUUCAGUUUUCCCGAAAUUGUAAAAAAUCUGCCUGUCCACUAGACAGGUGAUGUUGGAAGUUUAAGCCUCUUUGAAAAAAUAUUUGCCUGUCCCCACAAACAUAUCAUUAAAUAGUAUACAAAAAAUGUUAGAAUGAAUACCAACUGGUUUUAAUGCUUUACUGAUUUAAUUCACAAAAACAACCGUAUAUAAACACUUUACGGACAUGUUGUUCAGUAAAAGUAAACACACUUGGUCUCUCAAAAAAUAUUUUAACAUUGCCCUAUUUAGGUGUUUUCCGGCAAUUCCACCAACUGCACCCAUUUUGUCACCGAGGCCGAAGCAUAUUGAGUGCUGACGAUUUUGAUUCAUUUUGAACUCCUCAGCCAUUUUUAUCGAAAACAACCUAGGAUGUUUUUGGAAGGUUCACAAUGUCAGAAAUUGGUACACUUUAACUACGCUGCAACUAGAUUGCAUUGUAAUUUCAAUUUACCGUAUUAUAUCAUAUAUAGGACGCUAGCAUAGAUUAGGACGCAGGCAAAAAAAUAGUUGAAUAAAUGGGUAAAAACCCUUAAUAUAUAAGAUAGGACGCAGCGGAAAAAUGUCAAAAUCGGAGCCGAAAAAUUGAGGUUGGUAAAGUAUUUAUAACAUAUAUUGAAGUAUAAAAAAGAAAUGGAUAUAAGGCAUAUUUUGAUAACUGUCUGGUGUAUUUCUAUAAUUAUCAUCGUAUUUCGGUAAUUUAACAUUUCGGUAAUUUAGUGUACACAACAAUGAUAUAAGUCUUGACAUUUUGAGAACAUUCACGCAUAUUAUAAGACUUAUACAAAUGCUGUAAUAGUCCCGACUCGCCUUCUAACUGACAGUCAACCGUUGCAAAAGUUCCGACAUGCCUUCUGAAUGACAGUCAACCGUUGCAACCGUUGCAAAACUGUGUAUUGUCAAAACUGAUGAUUGAUUUGAUAAGGCUUGUCGCUGUGCGGAAUAAAGCAUGUGAGGCAUAAUUAAUGCGUGUCGGUAAUUAUCCUUGCCAGCGGAAGGCACAACGGGUUAAGUGCGAACAAACAACCAUACGGAAUUACCAUCGUAAUUGUUCGUUCUAUUGAUGUUUUUUUCUAAUGACAGACAGCGGGUGUUUUUCACACCUUCGCACAUUUGAAAAGAUUUGAUAGUGACAAUAAUGCUACUUUGCGUUAUGCACAUUCCUUUAUUAAUUUUUUAAAACAGUAACAUGCAACAAAAUGUUUUGUAAAAUAUCGAAACAUUAAAAUAAUAAACAACGAUUAAUUGAUAUUGACCUCCUUUCCCGAUUUUCCAUUGCCGUUAUAACUCAAUCCAGUUAAAUGCCGACUCACAUCGUGUUUUUGUGAGUAGCGUCCGUUUUGUAAAAAUGUAAACACUCAUGUUUGUUUUCAAUUAAUUUCUCAACAAAUCAUUUUAAAGUAAACAUUCAAUAUAUUUCUGCGUGUGUUAACUUACGUGAUUUUACCUAUGUCAGUUGUUCUCUUCGGUGACGCAGUACAGAUACUUACAUACAUGCCAUAUCCCCGGGAGGGGGAUAAAAUCCCCCGGAAUAUUGACCCAUCCCCCGGUCUCCCGGAGGGGGAUGAAAAUCCCCCGGAAUUAAAGUGUUUAAAAUUACGCAAAUUUAUCACAGGGUUUAAUUAUAUAUGCCUGUUUACAGUUAUAAUGCCCUUCCUGUCCUGAAGGUUAAUUGGAUUAUCAACUGAUGGUGUGUUUUAACAACACCUAUUGGGUGACACUUAAUAAAUCAGCAGGGCACAUUUCAUGCAUUGUUUUGAUUGAAACUGACAGAAUUUGCGUAAGAAAUGUCAAUUAGACUGGUCAGAUAAAAGGUCGAUUUUCAUUGGUUAAAACUAUGAUUUUUAUCCAAUCAGAGAGGAUGUAACAAAUUAAAGCGUUCUUCAUAACAUGUGUCAUUGUCAUCAAAAGAAUUAAUAAUUUAAAGGUGACUGUAAAUUAUUCAGUAAAGAAAAGGAUUAAAAUAACUAAUAGACAAUGCUGUUCUUUGUUAUGCCUCACUAAUAUGUUUACAUACGUGACAUUGACCUUCAUCGCAAAUAUCGGAAAAUAACAGAACUUCCAGAAGAGAAACUGAAAGUAGACAAUUCGGAUGAAAUGACUUUUAUUUAUUUAUUAUGGUGAUGUUUUUUUUUGUUUUGUUUUUUUUAUGAAUGCCAAAAGAAGAUAUGUUUAUGAACUUAAUAAAUUAUGCAUUUGCUUUUUAUCAGAAGCAAACAAUUCUGACUAUUUGGGAAUUGAAAUGAAAAAUAUUGAUAAUUCAUUCCAUUCUCUCUAUUAGUCUGAAAGUCAUCAUUUAUGAUCAUAGGCUGCAGAUUUUGUAUCCAAUUUUAGAGGAAGGUAAGCACAUUAAAUUGUCUCUGAAACAUUUUUCUGUGAAGUAUUCUAUUUUGCAAGUGAGUGAUUUUAUUAUGCAAUAUGGUUGUGUCUUAUAAAAAUAUAGAUGAAGUGCUGGAAAAAGGGGUAAUUAAACAAGGUGAAUUGGCAUGUGUGUCAUGCCCGUAAUGCUACAUGGCGAUGAUGAAAAUCCCCUGGUAUGUGACCAAAAUCCCCUUAAAUUGUGGACAUAAUCCCCUCGGGAGCCUUUCAAAAUUAUGGCAAUUUGUUGUUUUUUCGUACGCGUCUUAAAAUACUUCAAAAUUUUGCCAAAUUAGAUCUGCUAAAAAAUCCCCCUGAAUACUACCAAAAUCCCCCUGAAUUUUCAGACUUUUGAACAAAUCCCCUUGAAUGGUCUCCAGAAAAUAUGGCAUGUAUGUACUUACUAUUACCGCGUUCUUUCCCAGUCCGAUAUUUUUGACCUGAGAUGGACAUGGAAAAAAACAGAUGAAAUUCUAAUAGCAUGGAAAGGACGCAGGCAAUUUUUAAGACAAUAAUUGGGGGUAAAAAAGUGCGUCCUAUGCAUGAUAUAAUACGGUAACAGUUAAACUAAAUGACUUAAUUCUUGGGAAUCUUAAUUAUGUUAGCAAUAAUACACUUCACUGGCAAUCAAUUCAAACUAAGAUCAACAAAUACAAGCUAAAACACUAUAUCUGAUUAAUAAUAUAAUUCAAAAUUUUACGAACUACUACUAUUGAUGCACUGGCAUACAUCCGAGGUUGUUUUCGAGAAAAAUGGCCAAGGGGCUCAAAAUGGAUUAUGAUAGUAUGAUAGUGUCUUGUUGCAAACCAAUAACCAAUCAAAACAGGCGUAAUAUAAUGCUGUUAUGGGUGCAUCGUUAUUACUUGUUUAUCUCUGGCAAUCGGCUUCAUGAUUCCAUAUCAGAAAAAGCCGACUUUUAGCAAUGUUAUGUGACGUCAAAUAUCAACAUGGGAUCGACUAACUACCGCCAAGGCAAAUAAUCAGCAAAAUUUUUUACAGACAUUUCCCUUUAAGGUACCUUUUCACUAUUUAGUCUUCUCAAAAUAUGUUGGUCAUUUGGAUCGUCAUUUACGAUUAAACAGCCUGACCCGUACAAAUUUGCCAGUCAUGUCCGGCGGACCGGCACAUUUUGGGAAGACUUGACACUUACUAGGAGUAUGUGAGCUCAGAUGCUAUUUUACUGUCCAUAGUGAAGCCUCAUGUUGUCUGUGAGUUGGGGAAGGACCCACAAUCAAUAGCAUCUACUUCUUCUUUGUCUCAAAUACAAUGCCAAGGCAAGCAUGGCAUACAUUUUAGCUUGGAUUUGAAACCAAAGUGCAAGGUGAAGGUCUCUAGCAUCCAUGAUGUUCCACUAGCAACUAGUCACAAAACAGCCCUUCGGCAUAGAUUAUAUACCCGUGUCUCAAAUCAGCAACAUUUCAGCAUUUUAUCACCAACAAUUCAGCAUCUCUUUGGCAUGUUCUGCAACGUUACCUCAACCUUUCCGCAUGAUCAGGAAACGUUCAGAACCCUAUUCCAGAACUGUAUGCAUUCUGCCCUGUCACAUUAGGCUUCUUCAGAUACGUUUCGGCAUUCAUUUCCCACUCCACAAAUACAGGCCAAACGAGCAUGAUGGCGAAGCUUUGGCUAUUAAUUGAUUAACUGGAAAAGGUUCCUAAAACUAACAAACUUGUAUCAGAAACCCUUCCUCAGGCAUCAGGGCUGUAGUGGACGGCAGCUUUUAAUAUUCUGUAACAAUAUUAAUUGACCAUGAGUGCAAUGCUCUUUUCUUUGAAACUUUUUCAUGAUAUUACUCUUGGUAUUAAAAAAGUCUUUUGUAUGCAUUGUAAAAGAUUGAAUAUUAUGAAAACUUAGAGAUUACAGCUUUUGCUGCUUUAUUACAAGUAAAAUUGUAUAGAUUCUUUAUACACGUUAUGUGAAUAUGUUAUUAUUUCUACUUGAUAUUUUACUCACACCAGUUUGAAUUUUCAUAAUAGUCAAUAUUCAUAACAAUUCACAGAAAUUAAUCAGAAUUAGUGCCAAUCCAUCAGUCAUGUAUUGUUAAUAAAAUUGUUUGACUCAACCAAAAGCAAAUAUACAAUUUCGUGUUCUUUCUUAGAGUAUUCAAACCAAAAAAUUGAGUUUCUACCAACUAAAUAUUUCAUGAAUAUUAUAAGUUACGGGGUUAGUAGGUGACCCGAUAUAGGAUAUACCGGGCAAAGGAAACCGAAUAUGUUUUCCUGCACCCUGUAUCCCAUAUCAGGUCACCUACUGACACCGUAACGUAUAUAUCACGUUGAUAACCUGUUUAAAUGUUUCAUGUAUUCAUCAGAAUCAGAAAAUAGAUGCCAUUUUGGUACAAUUUAAAUGUGGUGACCCAAUUUUGAAUAUAUGGGGUCACCACGUGACCAGUCCUGGACCAAUGGCGUUGCGUCAUUUAUGUUGUAGGGUUGAUAUAAUGUCAUACUGCAUCAGUUAUUUUUUCUCCACCAUCUUUUCAGAAGGGGGUCAGGGCCUUUAUGUGGGGAAAAUUGUGGUGUUUUGAUUCAAUUGGGAAUUCCCAUUUUUCCUUGAAAUAGAGGAUGGAAAAGGUUAGUAAAUUCAAUCUGAAACACAAAUUUAAAACAAGAGACAGACUGACACUGAAUCAUGCAUUUGACAAUAAAGCCUUUAGUGUUUUAUACUGUUUGUUAAAUGAACCACCUAGAACCAAACAUUCAUAGGCAGAGGAAAUAAGAACAAAAUUCCAACAUAAAUUUUUGGUUUUAUUUAUAUUUGUAUAUCUUGUCUGUAUAGUAAAGUUUAAUUGAUAGUGUAAACAUUCCACCAUUUCAAUAAGAUAACGAUAAAAAUAGAUACACUGCAUUUUAAAAAAAAAAAAUUUAAUGAAUAUUAACAUUCAUAUUGCAGCUUCAACAAAAUAAUUUCGGUUACAUUUGGAUCAUCCUUCAUAUCUGUGUUCAAAUGUUUUCUUGCUUCAUAUUCAUGUUACACAAAUGAAAACAUUUAAUGAAGAACGCAAUUAGUAUCAGUCCGUUGGAAAUAUUAUAGUUGUUACUUUUGAUCUCAUUCGGGACACAGCUGUGUGAUGCAUAUAUAUGUGACAUCAUUGGUUAAUGAUAAAAGUGUAUUAAAAGCUAAUCAGAGCAAAAAAAAAUGAAACAAUUUUUUCUGCUAUUGGCCAAAAAAAAUCACUGAAUGUAACCAACCUUUUUGAUUAAGAAUAUGUUGCAUGAAUAGCUGAGGAAAUAAAAAGUCUACGAAUUUAAAAAAAACAACAAAUAAUCUGAAAAAUGUGAUUUUUGGAACAUUGAUUGCUAUUAGAUGUGAGAAACACCCAACUGUACAUUGUUGAUUUUGUAUUUAAGACUAAAAUAAAACGGUGUUGUUCAUUUAACAAUAUUAUUGUAUUUGUUUUGUACUGAAUUAAUACUCACAAGUGAAUCUGUUUAUAUUUUUGUAUUGCUUUAUCUCAGCUUCAAUUUAUCCAGUGUUUUUUGUAUUUACUAUAGACCAAUAAAUGUAUCAUUAUAUCAUA